AUGGGAAUUUGGUUUGAUAUUGUAUGGGGGGUGGAAAGCAAACGGAAAGAAGGAGAUUGGAAUGCGAGAACGGGGGAGGAAUUGGGAGGAUGUGAAUGGGAUAGACUAGAUCCUUACAGGGGGUACACUAGAGAUCGGAAAUCUAAGGAUAAGGUUCUUAAUGCUGAAGGCAAAAAACUUUUGGAAAUUUGUGAAGAACAAGGUUUAAGAAUUUUGAAUGGUAGAAUAGAAGGAGAUACAGAAGGAAAUUGGACGUGUAUCUGUGGAGAGGGGGGAUCGGUUUUGGACUAUAUAAUAGUAAUGGAAAACAGUGAUGAAUGUCCAGUAAAGAAAUUGGAAGUUGAACCUAGAAUUGAAUCGGACCACUUUCCAAUUUGCUUUAACUUAGAAUUAGAGGGUAAAUUAGUUACAGUAGACCAGAAGGAUAGGGUUAGGAAACAAAGGAGAAACAUUCUCAAGUGGGAAAAAGAAAAAGAAGAAGAAUAUAGAAGGGAAAUGGAGAACUUAUGGGACGAGGGGGAAAAAAGCGAAAUCUGGGAAGAUAGAUGGAAUAAUUUUAAACAAAGCAUAUGGAAAGCUGCGGAAUUAGUAGGGCUUAUAAGAAAGGAAAGUAAUGGAAAUUUUACAGUAAAAACAGGUUUCGAUAAGGAUUGCGUAGAACAGAGAUCGAAAGGAUUAUUAAAUGGGAAUAAUGAAAAUAUAAAUGAAACAACUAGGGAAAAUGCAACAGGGAAUAAUAAUUCAGAAAAUAGAGAAGUAGGUUCAAGCAUAGAAACAGACAAUGACGAGGAUGACAACGACUUAAAUGCAGAUAUAUCUUUCGAUGAAUUAGCUAAAUGUAUCAUGAGAAUGAAAAAAGGGACAGCUCCUGGAGAAGAUGGGGUACCAAUAGAGUUCAUAAUAGGAAUUCCUAGAGUAUGGGCUUUAGAGUUACAUAAAAUAAUAAACGGUUUUUGGAAUCAAGGUAAAUUAGGAAAAGGUUGGGAAAAAGCGAGAAUUAUAGCUAUCUAUAAGGAUGGAGACGAAAAUGACACAAAUAACUACAGGGGUAUAUCUUUGCUGGAUACGGGUUACAAAAUUUUAGCUUCACUUUUAGACGAGCGCAUUAGAAACUGGGAGAAAGGUAAACUACACGCCGCAUUUAUUGAUUUUAAAAAAGCUUUCGACACAGUCGAUAGAGAAAUUCUCUUUAGGAAGCUGUCGAACUUAGGAAUAAAAGGAAAAAUGCUCAAAAUGAUCAUGGAAAUAUAUAGAGUAACAUCGAAUGAAGUAGUGACUGAAGAAGGACUUACGGACUCAUUUGAAACAAAUAGAGGAGUAAGGCAAGGAUGUCCUCUUAGUCCUACAUUGUUUAACAUUUUUAUAGAGGACAUGGAUGAAAUUUGGGAAAUUAAGAAAGAGGGUGGCACGGUCAUAGGGAAAGUUAAAAUUUAUUCUUUGAAGUUCGCAGACGAUUUAGUAUUAUUGGCAGAUUUUCCAGAAGGGUUGAGGCAAAUGCUAAAAUCACUAGAAGGGUACGUUACAAAAAAUGGAUUAGAAGUUAAUAUUAAAAAAUCGAAGGUCAUAGUGUUUAGGAAAGGGGGUAAACUAAAGAAAGGGGAAAAAUGGGAAAUAUUCGGAGAAAAACUAGAAAUUGUCAACGAAUACAAAUAUUUAGGCUUUUGGUUCUCUACAAAAGGAUCUCAUGGAAGGCACGUAAAAAAAAUGGCAGGUAAAAUGCAAAAAGCAACAAAUGCUGCUUGGGGCGUCUUAACGAGAGCUAGAAUAGGGGGACUAAAUACAAGACUUUAUAUUAUGGAUAUUUUGUCUAAAUCGGGAGGUUUAUAUGGAGUUGAAAUUUGGGGAUGGGAAAAAUGGGAUACAAUGGAAAAAGCGCAAGGAAGAUUUGUGAAAAUGGCGAUGGGACUGGACAUCAACACCCCAGAUUACAUCUGGAAAAUGGAAUCUGGAAGAGUUAGUCUAGAUGUAGAAGCUAAACGAAGGGUAUUUAAAUAUCUCAAAGAAAUUUUAAACAUGGAAGAAAACAGACUUCCGAGAAUAUGCCUAAAUGAGGAACUAAGAGGCAUUAAAAACAAUUUUCCAUCAGCAUGGGGAGCAAAAGUCCAAAAAGUUCUUAGCGAAGUAGGAGACGGCAGAACAAUUCAAUUAUUGGGUCCAGAAGAAAAUAUGAGAGAGAUUUCCGAAAAUAUAAAAAGAAAUAUAAAAGUCAAAAUGGAUCAGGACAUUCAACAACAGUGGUAUAAAAUUGAUAAGUCUUCAUAUUGCAAAAAUUAUGGGAAAUGGAAAUCUAAAAUAGGGAGAGAAAAUUACUGGGAAAUUAAAGAACUAAGUUUCAAGGACAAGGAACAAUGGGCUCGGAUUAGAUGUGGCAAUGUAGGGAGGGCCGGGAAUAAGGGUUUCACAGAUGUAAGUUGUAGACUCUGUGGAUCAGAAACAGAGAACAUAGAGCAUAUUUGGGUGUGUAAAAAAGCUAGGGAGCUAAUUGAUAAAAAGUGGGUGGAAGAAGUUGAUAAGUGGACCGAUUGCGGCAAAAAUUUAAGCUUGCAAAAAAUUUGGUCAACAAUGUCUGGCAAACCGAUCCUCGCUCUCUGCAGAUACGCAAGAGCCUUUGAAGAUUUAUCAAAAUGUAAACAAAGCGGUUUAUAA